AAAUUCCUUCCUUCCUUUCCUUCACUGUAGAGUGGUUCUUUAAUUCUCGUCCUGUUCUCCCAAUCAGCACUCCCAUUUACACACAUCGAUCGCCGAACUCACUGUUUCCGCCCAGCUAUUGGCCCUCAAGAUGAGGGAAAACGGGCUUCGCCUUCGCCUGGUGGUGCGACGUCAUGCUCUCCCCGAAGUUCGAGUCGUCUUCAACGUCAGCCUUGACAACGACCCCACCAUCGCCAAUCUCCUGGGGCAGAUCGACGAGAUUUUUCCGCUGGAGAGCAACGAUUGGGGCUUGGAGGACUACGCCGUCGAGCUACGAGAUGCUGACGGUCACGGCUUCGACUGUCUGCACUUCCAGCAGGUCGCCGUUGUCCUGAAGAACGACGAAGAGAUCUUUAUCCGGCCCCUUGUCACCGAAGACCGUAAGAAGCGAUUGCUGAGCGGACGCCACCAAAUAUCCACCGACGGCAGACAUCUUAUUGAUGGCGUGCCGUUUGGUCGACCCCGUCUCAAGGCCCCACGAGACCGACCGCCCGUUGACAUUCCACCUCUGAAGCGCCGGAGGAUUGCAUACGAGCCAGAGGGCUGGGAUGCCGAGGUUAAUGAGGACGAUCCACCGCUUCUCCUCAUGGAACACGGAGAAGACAACGAAGAUCCCACAAGCGUUCGCGUCAGAGCUACCUCUGACGACCUCGACGAUGAUACACUGGAAAGCGAGGAAGAUGCUGAAAAUGAGGACGAUGAGAAUGAAGACGACGACUUCGUUAACGAGGGCGGCGAUGAUGGCGACGACGACAUGGACGAAGUGGACGAAGAAGACGGUUUCGACGACUCUGAGAUUGACGAAGAGCUUCGAGACUUGCGUAUGGAAAAUGCCGAACUAGGAGACUUGGACGACGAGGAACCAGAGCCUUCCCAGCUGCUUCAAAAAGACCACGACACACAACUGACCGUCGGCGAAAUGCGUGUAUUUGGCGAGUCACUGCAUGCAAAGGGACUGAGCGUGGCCGAUGAUAGCAACCCCGACGACAGCGACGCCGAGUCAGUUGAGCCGUUCGUCAAGCACUAUGACGAACACGGGUUUCCCGCAGGCUCCAUUUUAGCCGGCACCGCGUCCACCCACAUAGCAGAGACGCUUCGCAAGUCUGGAAAACUGGUGAAGCUGCCUGUCCAUACCAAGUUCGGAGAAGCUCAUGGUGACAAACGAGGCUCUGGAACGGCCCACAAUAUGUCAAGUGCGCUCGGCACUCCCGAAAACACUGCUUCUUCUGGCACCCAAAAAUUGUCCCAGUCUUCGUCUGACAGCUCCAGCGACAAUGGAGACAGCUCAAGCUCCAGCGAUGGCGACAACGACAAGUACAGCGACAGCGAUAGUGACGGCGACAGUGGUCCAGAGGUGACAUCGUCCAAAAUUGCCCCAAGAAUCCCCCCUGGGAGGAUGCAACCGAGCAGCGACAGUGAAUCUGAGAGCUCGAGCAACGAUGACAGCAGCAGCGACAGCAGCAGCGACAGCGGUAGCGAUAGCGAAAGCUUUGGCGAGAACGAGAGCGAUAGCGACAGUGACGACAAUAGCGAUAGCGAUAGCGACAGCGACAGCGCUAUGGAUAGCUCCAAUGAAAAUAGCAGUGCUUCCAACAACCACGCACAGGACUCAUCAAGUGAGAGGGGUGGGGAUUCCACGUCAGAGCCGAGUCAGACGAAAUUCGGGUUAUUUAUUUCAUCUGUCGGCCAAGCAGCAAUCACUUCGCGAGCCACGCAAGCAAAGCUCCUGGAUGCUGUCUCGUCUCAUCGAUGGCCUUCAGCCUCUGAGGAAACAGUCCCUCCAGUCCCACCAGGUCAAGGCAUGUCACGAACCCAAAAACGAAAUGCCCGGAAAAGAGCUACCAUGAAAGCGUUUCGGGCUUCCCAGAGAACUGCAUCUGGCCCUGUGUACUCUGACCUAGAUUACAAUGAGCUUGCUAGCCAGGUCCAGUCAACCGCCGCCAAAGAAGUGGCUCGAUUAAAAAGACUUAAAGCUCUAGAGCCAAGUCCAAAGCAUGACAUGGGCGUGAAUGAUAAAGAGGCCCACAAACAUCCAAGUUCCACAUCUACAACCAUCGCAGGGGAGCCCGACUCAGGCACAUCUGUGUCUCCUCAUGUCGAAGCCUUGGACACAACUUCUGCUUCAUCGCAGCGAAAGGCGAGGCUUGAUGUUGGCGCCGGACGCCGGAUGGUCUUUAGCUCAUUGGGGCUGAAGAAUCCGAAGACGAAAGCUGACGAGGACAAGAUACGCUCCGAUUUAAUGAAGGACGUUCGACCUCUGGCUAAUCCGCGGCUCGAACAACCAAGCAGCGUCUCUGUGGGCCAGGAAUCGCACGGCGAACUGGCGCCCGACAACGAUGAAUCAUGGCGGGAAAAGAUCUCAUACUGUGCUGUGGAAUGCAUCCAAGAAGGAGUAGAGCUCAGCGAACCGCCUUUCCCUUUUGUUCAGCGCUGGGAUCCUCAGCAACAAGGGUUUUGGAAAGAUAAGACUCAGCGAGGAGGUCGUUCGAAGCGGAAGCAACGAGACCAGGCUAGUUUCUACGACGACUACAGCCAGCCGGAUGCAAAGAGGAGAAGGGUUGCAGGAUACACAUCAGAGGACAACCAAGAUGGAAUGGAAGGGGAAUCGUAUAUUAGCGCUGGUGAUGGGUUCGCUUCCGCCGACGUUACCUUGAACUAUGAUGACGAGCCCCAGGAUGUUGCCGAGCAGAACAACAUCGAAGAGAGUCAAGACCUGGACGAAGACUUGCCUCCUGUCCCCAGCGACCUGUCAACGCUUCCUGCUUUCCAGCCCAGUGCGGCUCAGCCUGGGAUGGUUCUUACAUGGACUCAAUGGGUUCUAUCCAAGGCAACCCAGUGGCAACCUCAAGUGUCCACUCGUACUGGUGUUGUUGUCGAUAUCUAUGAUCGUGGCACUUGUUUGAGAGUCCGUCUUGCCAAACGCGAUCGCAAUCUCGACCAGAAUGAGAAGGUGUAUGACGAGGACGGUAACCGAGUAUAUGACAAGUUCGAGGCACCGGAAAUGGACGAAGAGCCUGAAGAAGGUGCAGAGCUUGGAUACCGAACUUUGGAAGUUGCAGAUAUGGUCGAACCCCGGAUUCUACAACGGCCUUCAGGAGUCUCGAACCCAGCCUCUGCCCAGCCACACGCUGGCUCGUCUGGCAAUGAAUCAGCACCGGAGAUGGAGAGUGCUGAUGGUAAGCCAGAGCCGAACCUCGGCGGACAAUCUAGCACACCCGCCCAUGAUCAGCUCAAGAGUGGCCAAAACAGAUAUGACCAUGUGCAGGUCGAUAGCCAGCGCAUUGACGAGACCGAGCAUCCUGCAGAACGCCUCGAGAACAUGGGAGAUCAUCCCGCAGCCCAGUCCAGCUGUUUUAACGAUACCUCCUUGACGGAAGACCGGCGACACGAGAUUAGUCUGCUAAUACGUGAUGCUGGCUUUCGCAAAGAAGUCGACCCUUCCCUCGCCAACGCCGAGACGCCAGAUUUGAGCAGCCCCUCGAGGCAGCUCGAGUUGAUGUCGCAGGAAGCAGCAAGUGCCCCUCGAAUUCUGCUUGAGCCGCAAUUGACUACAUCUUCGGCAACUACGGUUGCCAGAAGCCAUACUACACCACUGGCACCAGAUGAAUUUCAACAGCAAUCGAAGAUUCCGGGAUAUGUCGACUCUCAACCCGUUUUGCUUGAUCAAUUCAACGGGUUCUCUGAUGGGCCAAGAAGUUGCAGACCCGCGGUGGCAUGAGCUUGCCCGCUAAGACUGGCGCGCGAAAAUGCCUCCGAAGACUAGGCUCGUCGCAGGGAAGACAGAAUCUAGAGAAGCGCUCGAGUGCGGUUCCGGGAGUUCGGAAGUUGAGUUCGGGUUUCUGGGAAGGCGUUUGAGGUUGCACAGGGUGUUCUGGCAGGUCACGGCCGUGAUGCAUGUGAUGCCAAACAUGUUUGUAAUGUAGAGCAGUUUACCGUUCGAUUGGCAGCACUCUCUUCCCAUAGAGUGCAGCUCGGGACAGCUCGAGACUUGUGCGUCUCUGACGUAUACAAUUCAGGCAGUAGCAACUGAUAUUUGCUUCUUGAGUUGCCUACCUAUUUCUCUUCGUUGUCUAUUUGUCCGCACCUAUCACAAUGGUUGGACGAUACUUGGCGUUGACGGAGACACACAAAGUGAUUCUACUCUAGCAACUAUUCACGCUCCUCUCUAAAUCGCGGUGUUUCUCUUGCUCAAUAAGUGCC